CUACGAUUCAAGAAGGAUUCUCGUAUCUCUCGCUAAUCUUCUGCUUCAUCAUUUGAAUUCUUAUCGUUGCGCCUAGGGACAAUCCUACUAGCUUCCGCCUCCUCUUCGUUCGCCUCUAAUAAUACUACUACAACUAUCAGUACUACUACGACCACCACAAAACACAAAAUGAACGCCAUGAACGUCUCGUCUGACUCCGACCGCGACGUGAGCAUGUCUCCGCGGAAGCUCGCGCAGUUUCAAAAAAAGCAAUUGCUUGAAAGCCAACGUCGCAACGACCGCGCCAGUAAUGUGGGAAUGAUGGCGGUACCUUCAUUCUCAGCAUUCUUAUUCCAUCAUCCCCAUUCCAUCCAACUUGUUCUUAUUCUCGUCAUUUCAUCCCAUUCCCAUAUUGGAUCCAACUUAUUCUUAUUCUCAUCAUUUCCUCCCUUAUUCCAUCUAGCUUGGUUAUGUUCAUCAUUAUCAUCUCAAUCAAUCAAACUCUAUCAGCUUCGCAACCAGCAGCGCAUUGUGAAUUAUGUUGUGGAUGCCACUACCCGUGGUAUCUUUAGAUUUUUUAGAUUUUGUUGAUUACAACUUUUUACUACUAUUUGGAUCAAUUAUUACUAUUGCAAGUGCUACCUUUAACACUACUACUGAUGAUGUUACUGCUAGAAAUGAUAUCUAUCAUGACAACAUUGCUGACUUAUCUCAGAAAUCAGCACGUCGCGGCUUUUCAACUCCAUCUCCUCUCCCUGCCUCAUCACUUACCCUCUCCCUUCCUCAUCACUUUUCAUCUCCCUCCCUAUCGCCAGCUGAUACUGCGGCAAUGCAGCUGAUCGAUGAUGAGCGCAAUAUCGCGGAGGAGCAGACGCAGGUGAUCCGCAACAACGCUCAGCAGCAGGUGCAGGAGCAGCACAACAACAUCAACCAGGAGCAGGCGCAGAUGCAGCGCAACAUCGCGGAUGACCAGGUGCAGCGCCUCGCCGACGCGAGCCGCGAGGUGCUGCCACCUCUCACCGAAGUGCCGCGCAUUGGAGCAGAGGCCGCGAAAAUCCAUGUUGAAAUGGGUCAGGGAAUGUGCAUGUCGAUCACCAGUACUCUAAUCACUAGAUCCAAUAACGAAGGUAGAAAGAACUUUUUUUUCAAGAAUUUGCUGUGCUAGUCCUUGCAUCUAUAAACUUUUCGUAUCAUCAUCAUCACACCGUCAUCAUAUCCUCAUCACAUCAGUGACAUCACCAUCAUCGUUAUAUCUCAUUUUCAUCACCAUCUCCAUAACAGCGCCGAAGACCUCCGUGGUCCAAAAGGCUUCCUCUUCCUCGUCUUCGUCUUCGUCGACCCCGGCAUCCUCUUCCUCGUCUUCUGCUGCUAUUACGAAGAAGGAGGAAAAAGAAGAAGAGGGGGAAAAAAAGAAGAAAUAAGAUGGUGACGAAGAGGAAAAAGGAUGAAGUAAGAUAAUGAUGAAGAUAAAGAUGACUCAUCUUAGAUGAAAAAACGCCUGUGAGAGAGGCGUGGAGACGAAGUGAGAUGAUGUUGUUUUUGAUGUACUUUCAAUUCAUGGAUCGUUUGUUCUUGAUUUAUCUUUUUUCAUCAUAAUAUUAUUAUUCAGAAGUUCUUCAAAGUAUCUAUUGAGUUUGAUCUUUUCUUGUUUAUUUUCUUUUACAAAAUUUACAACAUUUACAAUAAUUAAAAUGAGUGAGGGUAGUUUUACCGCGUAGGGUGCUACUAAGUACUUUUGUGUGGUUGGUGGCACUCUGCCGGUAUGUUUUUAUAUUUUUGAUUUCAUUAAAAGAAUUGAGAGAUGUUAUAAAGAAGUUUUAAAUGAUAGUUCUUGUUGUUAUUAAUGAAUUUCAUCAUCAUGAUGAUCCUUGAUGUGAGAAUAAAGGUACUCAUGAAAAUAAUUUUCAUUUUAUAAUGACUUCCCCCUUGUGCUGUACCCCGUGAUGCCGUCAGACUGACAGCGGGGCUAUUGUGCUUCUGGCACGUGAGACUCCCUACAGACUCUACCUCCAGAAUCGAUUUGUUUCUGUGAAUAGAAACUAAAAAAUCGAAACAUCAAACCCUAAAAAU